GCUGAGCUUGACUUUUAAGGUGGACUCGGUACUCGGUCACUGCAUUCAUCCUUACCGUCUCAGAUCCGAAGAUCAUGUCAGCACAGACCUUCCUGUUGGGAGAACGGAAGUGUGUGGUGUCUCCGGGACUCUUUAUGAGUGAAUCUGAAUUCUUUGGGAGAAAAAUUUGUGGCAAUUUGACCAAACCAGUGAUGGGGAUUAAGGAAGGCUCUUCCAGACCAGGGAGAGGCCCUGCCAAAGAGGCCUUGUCAAACCCUCAGGUGCCCAUGGACAUCAAGACUGGGCGCAAGCCAGCCAGCCGCAUCCAGAUACUCCUGCGCUCAGACGUCGUUUCCAUGACAACAGGCCUGCUCUCCAUGGCCAACUCCGGCCCGAACACCAACGGCUCCCAGUUCUUCCUGACGUGUGACAAGACGGACUGGCUGGACGGCAAGCACGUGGUGUUCGGGGAGGUCACGGAAGGCCUGGAUGUCUUGCGGCAGAUCGAGGCGCAGGGCAGCAAGGACGGGAAGCCGAAGGAGAAGGUGAUCAUCUCUGACUGUGGGGAGUACGUGUGAGAGGCGCCUCCUCUGCACCACCCCGCGCAUCCAGGAUCCGGCAGCCCUGGGGACCCAGCACCUGUUAACGGGGGUCUGUGCCGUGGCCUCCUCGGGCUCAGCUUGGAGCAGCUCCUCUGCAGGCGUGGCCUGGCCUUCCCCUGGCUCUUCCAAGCACAGGCGCCACCCUCCCCACCGUGGAUGGCUGUGCGCGGCCUUUCUCCUAGUAAAAUAAACCCCAGUUCCUGUACGGCUGCCUGCUAGCCAGGUCCCAGCAUUUCCGGAGGUUGCAGCUGUCACCGUCUGUCCUGCCCCUCCCCUGCUGCUCCCUCCUCCCAGGCUGUCCCCGAGGCACACCCUGGUGGGACAAUGCCGAGCAGCAGAGAUCAGAGCAGGUGCCCUCCUGGUACCUGACAGGCGCGUUGGGUUAGCCAGACUGCAGUUCUGCUCUCACACCUGCUGGUCUUGAGUCUAAUGGGUCCCCGUAGUCAGUCUCGGGCCCGUUUACUGGCUCACUGAGCCACCGAGCCAGGGAUCACAGCUGCUACCGCAGAGUACCAGGGCCCUUCUUUUGCCAGGCACUGUGCCCGGUGCUGGGGACACGUAAGAAACAAGCCUUGUGCUCGCUUCAGCAGCACAUACACUAACAUUGGAGCAAUAAGAGGAUUAGCAGGGCCCCUGCGCAAGGAUGACAUGCAAAUGCGUGAAGCAGUCCAUACUUAAAAAAGAGAAGAAGCUUCUCCCCUCCCCCUGGAAAUUGUAGUCUGGUGCCACGGUCUGUAGCCUGUGGGAGGCCGGCCUCACCUGCACAAUUGGGGCUGGCUAGGCCCCCUCACGGCCUCUCAUGCUGAGGCUGAGCCCCAGAAACCUCCAGGGCUGCCACUGCUCCCGCUGCCUGUCAGUUGCUCUGAAUCAAAUCUCAACAUUCAGAAACCGCUGGGCUGGUUCUCAUUUUGGGUUGAGAUCAGGUUGAGCCUGUAGGGGAGGGAAGGAGAGGGGCCCACUGGCCUGUGGCCCCGUGUCCCAGGCCUGCUCCUGCAGAGGGUUGGAUGAGCCCACCUCUGGCAUCGGGAGCUCAUUGCACGGCCCACAGUGUUCCCAGCAGAGACCCUUGCUGCUUGGCCUAGGCGUCCCGCUCACAGGUGGUCAGUCACAGCUGCCAGGACCGGCAGCAGGGAGGCCAGGAGAAUGGCAGCCAUUCAGGGCUGGUGUGAUGAACUCGGCAUGGCCAGUCUGGGUGUGACAUGCUGUUACAUGGAGCAGGCUGGCCAGGCCCCAGGAGGGAGGGCUGGUCUCACAACCCUGAGAGACCAGGGAGAGGCUGUGGGGGACCUUGUCGCUCACUGGGCUUCCCUGGUGUCCUGGGAAGGUGGGAACAGCAGACUGGCCAGGAGGCUGGAGGGUGGGACAAUAGGGUGCUGGCUGCUCACCCCUGGGCUGUGCAGGGGCUUCCCCAGAAGUCACCCCUGGGUCCACCAUGACCCUUGUACAGGUGCUCACCCUGAGGUGAGGUGGCAGGGCCAGCCCAGGGACCGCGGGGGUGGUCUCUUCCCCUGUCCUCUGGGGAGGACCGCUGAGACCUGGUUUGUAAGAGAAAAAAGGCAGAAGUCUAGAUGUGGAAUGCUGCUUAAAUUAUGUUUUCAAAGAAUAUUUAAUAAUUUCAGAAUAUAUCAUAAAUUGAAUAAGUCAGCUCACCAAGCAGUGCAUAGGAUAUGAUUCUUACUUUGUAAAAUAUCUGUAUCUUAUGUAUAAAGACAUACAUGUGCCAAUAAAAAAGACUGGAGGAAUCAUUAA